GAUGGCAUUAGAAGGCAGGCAAUCCAUUUAAAGGAGGAGAAAUGGCAAAAACAGGAAGCACAUCACCAAAGUCUCAGAAUAGCUUUGAAGAAGGAGUGUAAUGCAGUCAUAGAAGCCAUCAUCUCUAAGAAAAACACCCCACUGGGAUCAAAUGUUAUAUAUGAUGGAGAAAACAAAAAAAAUAUGAAGAUCACUCCCAAGAUAUUCAGUACCUUCCCACAGGAGUCACCUUUCAUAAACCUUACUUAUGAAAAUUGUUCUGUGGUUGGAAAUGGUGGAAUCCUGGAGGACAGUGGAUGUGGAAUUCAGAUUGACAACUCAGAUUUUGUAAUAAGAUGCAACCUCCCACCACUGAACAAAGAUGUGGGUUACAAGACAAACCUGGUAACAGCCAACCCAAGCAUUCUGUUUGAAAAGUUUGCAGAACCGGCAGAAAGGCACAGACAUUUUGUGGACAGUGCGGAUGUCUAUGGGACCACCCUCCUUGCUCUUCCAGCAUUUUCAUACAAGCGAAACACAGCAGUCUCCUUUCGAGCUCUGUACACCCUGCAAGACUUUAAAAGCCAAGUGCAGCCAAUUUUUUUGAACCCUAAGUACCUACAGAAUCUGGCCGAGUUUUGGAGACAUCAUGGCUUUCAGGCUUCUCAAUUGAGCUCUGGUUUCACUAUAGUCAGUCUGGCUUUGGAACUGUGUCACAACAUUCAUAUUUAUGGCUUUUGGCCUUUUACUGUUGGCCUUGAAGGACAGCAUCUCAGGCAUCAUUAUUAUGAUGACUGUAAAGCUAAAACUAUUCACAACUUGCCAGCUGAGUUCAGAUGGCUACUUACCCUGCACAAAAAAGGAAUCCUUCAAAUGCACUUAGGCAAAUGCAAAUAAUUCAUUCAUGAGGUAGGAAUGUAAUUUAUCUGUCAUAAUGACACAUUUGGAAAGUUUAGGAGGUUGUCCUUUCUUAGACUUCGAAAGGCAGACUCAUCUGCUAACCAUACAAAUUUGUGUCAACAAUGAACGCUAAAGAAAUUCCAGUUACAGGUAUUGUAAUAAACCACAUAUGACAAUUAUAUCAAAGGAUGGAGAUGUAUGAUCCAUAUAUUAUUAAUAGGGCCUUCCAUAUUUACAGAAGAAUUCAAAGAAGCCAGAGGAACAUAUUGGUAGACCAUUAUUAUAGCACAUUUAAUAAUUUCAAUUCUUAUGUUUACAGUUUAAGAGUUUGACACUAAACAUUUCCAAAUACAUAAAUAUUAUUUUAAAAGCAUUCAUGGUAUGUACUAAGUCAUAGUCAUGUACUAAGAUGCAUAGCUACCUGAUCUUUUAUAAAAAUUA